CGAGCAACAGCAAGAUUUUCAUUGUGCGUUAAAUAUUCAAAAAUUCAAUAAAAUUUCAGAUCAUAUCUCGCAAAUUUAUUGAUCACGACAGAGAGAGCCGAAAAAAGGAUGAAGCUGAACAUCACUUCCGCCGCCGGCAUCAUUUGCCUGCUGGAUGAACCGAUCCAGGAGCUGAAGGUAUUUGCUCUCAAGAAGCUGGACACCAUCGUUGAUGAAUUCUGGCCGGAGAUUUCCGAAGCUGUGGAGAAAAUUGAAAUCCUCCACGAGGACAAGGGCUUCGCGCAGCACGAUUUAGCCGCCCUGGUCGCUUCCAAGGUCUACUAUCAUUUGGGAUCGUUUGAAGAUUCGCUGACGUACGCAUUGGGAGCUGGCGAUCUGUUCGACGUGAAUGCCCGCAAUGAGUACGUGGAUACGAUCAUCGCCAAGUGCAUCGACCAUUAUACGCAUCUGAGGGUUCAGCUGGCGGAGAAUCCGACCAAGGCCAAGGCAAUCGAUGCUCGAUUGGAAGCGAUUGUCAAUCGUAUGAUCCAGAGAUGCUUGGAUGAUGGACAGUCUCGCCAGGCAUUGGGAAUUGCACUGGAAACCAGGAGGAUGGAUGUGGUUGAAUCGUCGAUCAUGAAAGCCGACGACAUUCCCGGAAUGUUGGCUUAUGCUUUUCAGAUCACGAUGAGCCUCAUCCAGAACCGUGCGUUCCGUAAUACGGUACUGCGCUGCCUGGUUGGUCUGUACCGCAAUCUUGGCGUUCCGGACUAUGUCAACAUGUGUCAGUGUUUGAUUUUCCUGGAAGAUCCGUUGGCAGUUGCAGAGCUGCUGGACAAUUUGACGAAGGGUGGCGAGCAUUCGGUUCUGAUGGCGUAUCAGAUUGCCUUCGAUUUGUAUGAAUCUGCCACCCAGCAGUUCCUGGGACAGGUGUUGCAAGCUUUGAAAGCUACGGCACCGAUUCCAUCAGCGCUGAUUUCCAACAUGAAACCUCAAGGAACGAGUGCAACAACAGUGGAGGUUAAGCAGGAGCCAAAGGAAAGCGAGGAUGUAGAAGUUAAGGCAGAUCGAACAGUGGACAGUUUGAAUGAAAGCGAAAAGAUUCACCAAGCGAACAUUGAAAAGUUGGCUGGUAUUUUGUCCGGAGAGGUUACGAUCGAUUUGCAGUUGCAGUUUUUGAUCCGUAGCAAUCAUGCUGAUUUGCAGAUUUUGCGAGCGACGAAGGAAGCGGUUCGUGUUUCGAUUUGCCACACGGCUACGGUCAUUGCCAACGCAUUUAUGCACAGUGGAACGACCAGUGAUCAGUUCUUGCGGGACAAUUUGGAAUGGUUGGCGAGGGCUACCAAUUGGGCUAAGUUGACCGCUACGGCUUCGCUGGGCGUGAUUCAUCGUGGUCAUGAAACGGACUCGUUGGCACUGAUGCAAAGCUAUUUGCCGAAAGAGAGUGGACCGAGCUCUGGAUACUCUGAGGGAGGUGGCCUGUACGCUCUGGGAUUGAUCCAUGCCAAUCAUGGUGCGAAUAUUAUCGAUUAUCUGCUGCAGCAAUUGAAGGAUGCUCAGAAUGAGAACGUGCGCCAUGGUGGAUGCCUUGGACUUGGGCUGGCUGCAAUGGGAACUCAUCGUCAGGAUGUUUACGAGCAGCUGAAGUUCAACUUGUAUCAAGAUGAUGCCGUAACGGGCGAAGCUGCUGGAAUUGCCAUGGGAAUGGUGAUGCUCGGUUCGAAGCAUGCACCUGCCAUCGAAGAUAUGGUGGCCUAUGCUCAGGAAACACAGCACGAAAAGAUUCUUCGUGGUUUGGCGGUCGGCAUUUCUCUGACGAUGUAUGCCCGCUUGGAGGAAGCUGACUCCUUGGUUACCAGCUUGUCCAACGACAAGGAUCCGGUUCUCCGUCGCAGUGGUAUGUACACUGUUGCCAUGGCUUAUUGUGGAACUGGAAACAACCAAGCCAUUCGAAAGCUGCUUCACGUCGCCGUUAGCGAUGUAAAUGAUGAUGUGCGUCGUGCUGCUGUUACGGCCAUUGGCUUCAUUCUCUUCCGCACUCCCGAGCAGUGUCCAUCGGUGGUUUCCCUGCUAGCUGAGUCGUACAAUCCACAUGUCCGUUAUGGUGCUGCUAUGGCCCUUGGUAUUGCCUGUGCCGGCACUGGACUUCGCGAAGCUAUCGCUCUGCUAGAACCGAUGGCCAAAUUUGAUCCGAUCAACUUUGUACGUCAGGGUGCUCUGAUCGCCUCGGCCAUGAUUCUAAUCCAACAAACGGACCAGACUUGCCCGAAGGUUACUUUCUUCCGUCAGCUGUACACUCAGGUAAUCACCAACAAGCACGAGGAUGUUAUGGCCAAGUAUGGAGCUAUCUUGGCUCAGGGUAUCAUCGAUGCCGGUGGUCGCAAUGUCACCGUUAGUUUACAGUCCCGCACUGGCCACACCAACCUUCAAGCCGUUGUGGGAAUGCUUGUUUUCACUCAGUACUGGUACUGGUUCCCGUUGGCCCAUUGUCUAUCGUUGGCCUUUACGCCAACCAGCCUGAUUGCCCUGAACUCGGACCUCAAAAUGCCCAAAGUUGAUUUCAAAUCGGCCGCCCGUCCUUCCCUUUAUGCCUACCCUGCCCCAUUGGAAGAGAAAAAACGUGAAGAACGUGACAAAGUCGCUACAGCUGUUCUGUCACUGGCUGCCCGCGCCAAGCGUCGCACCGGUGAUAAGAAGAAAGACAACAAGGAAGGCGAAACCAAGAUGGAAGUGGAUGAGGAGACUCCUGCCAAGGACGAUCUCUCCGCCACCGUCAAAGCCAAGGAGGAGGCGAAGACAACUCCCGUGAAAGAGGACAAAAAGGAAAAGAAGGAAAAGGCGAAGGAAGGAUCCUCAUCGUCCCCUGCAACAGCCGGUGAGGAGGGCACAACAACCACCACCAAAACUCCCAAGGAGCCAGAACCCAGUUUCGAAAUCCUCCACAACCCGGCACGCAUUAUGCGCCAACAGUUGAAGGUGAUCAGCAUUGCCGAGGGUACGGCCUACACUCCACUGAAGGACGUCACCAUCGGUGGUAUCAUUCUGAUGCAACACAACACCUCCGGUGACCAGGUUCUGGUCGAACGGGUCACUGCCUGUGGACCGAAGAACGACGAUCUCAAGGAACCGGAAGCCCCCGAGCCGUUUGAGUAUAUUGAAGAUUAAAUGGAUAUUUUGUUUUGCAUUCGAAUAUAUUCAAUUAUAUAACUUUACUAUCAAUGUUUAAGCAGAGUAGCUUUCAAUUGCAAAAAUAAAGGAU